AUGAAUCAGAUUUUUAAGAUAGUUCAGUAUAUUUUACUUAUAGAUGAGCUGAAUUUGAGGACUGCUGCAAUCGCCGUACCCCCAACUACCGAAACUGAUGUUAUUCAGGACCGUUGCUGUGGACUAAAUACGGAAGAAGCUAUUUUCACAGAUUCCCAGUUGGACGUACCAGUAAUAGAAAAUAUAAUGAACUGUAGUCCGUCACCAACCACCAUGAGUACCGACAAUGACCCUGAACCAUUUGUUCCAUCUGACAGCUCUUAUACUCCUUCCAAUCAAGCUGGUGAAUCUGAUAGCGAACCAGACAUAUCAACCCUCUAA